AUGGCUGGUAGGCGGCACCAAGGGGGCCAUAGACGGGUGCGUGCAUGGCUGGUGGACGGCACCAAGGGGGCCAUAGACGGGUGGUCAGCAGAAAGGCUCCUCACUCACUUCCCCUCUACCAACCCACCGCACCCUACUCUCUGCCUACCUCCCCCCCCCCCCUUCUCCCAUUUCUCCCCAGGUGCGUGCAGGGCUGGUGUAAAGGUGGCCAUUGACGGGUCAUUAGCAGGUGGCUUCACCACCCUCUCUGCUUUGACGUUCCUCAGCUGCACCCUGCCUGCCCACCCACUCUCAUCUGUCUCAUGUAUUCCCUCUGCCUUCAUCCUGCCCACAUGCUGUCAAAAGAGGACAGGGUUGGUGGACGGCAGCACUAAGGUGGCUAUGGAUGGGUCGUCAGCACAAUGGCUGUUCACUGACUUCACCCUGCUACUUGCCUUGUCAUCUCCCCCUCCUCCUCCCGUUCCUUCCCCCCAGGUGCGUGCAGGGUUGGUGGACGGCACUAAGGUGGCUAUUGAUGGGUCGUCAGCAGGUGGCUUCACCACCCUCUCAGCUCUCACCUUCCGAUCCACUUUCAAAGCCGGAUGCUCCCUGUACGGGUCAAUGCUCGUUCUAGCUCAAACCCACCUGAACCUACACGCUGUGUAUUGCCUCCUUUCCAGUGCACCAUACAACACUCCCGAGGGAAAGCAGCUGUACAAGGAACGUUCACCGAUCAACCACGUGGACAAGCUCGCAUGCCCCUUGCUGCUGCUGCAGGGACUUAAAGACCAGGUGGUGAGUCCUGAGCAGGCCCGGGCCAUGCACGCUGCAGUGAAGGCCAAGGGUCUGCCGGUGGCUAUCGUUGAGUUCCCAGAUGAAGACCACGGCUUCAGGAAUGUGAGUAUGGUGAAGCCAUGUGGGUAUGGUGAAGCCAUGUGGGCGGACAACAUCAAAGCAGCACUGGAGAUGGAGCACGAGUUCUUCUGCCGUGUCUUGCUCAAUCUGCCUCUUCCAUCUGACAAGAAGCGGCUGACCAUUGACAAUGUUGAUGAAGAAGCGUAA